AUGGCUCGAAGCUGCGUCGAAGAGCAGCAUGACCAUGGGGUCAUCGUUGGCGAUCAUCCGAUACUUUUAUCAUCAGUACGGUGGGGCCUGGCAUUGUUCACUGAGCAUCGAAUCGGGUUAGAUCCGUCUCUUACCCAGAGGUACACGUUGAUCUUUCUUAUGGAGGGAGCAUUUGUUUCUAUAGCCUCGAGUCCAGUCAUUGGGGCGAUAGCCGACGCGACCCCUGACAAAAAGGCACUCUUAUUGACCCUCCUUAUACUGGCUUUGAUCAGUAUGGCCGGCUUGUCACUCACAACCCACAAUGCAUUGUGGAUUAUAGGAAUGGCAACCAUGGUUGAAAAUCUUGGAACAGAACACAUGAGCAAGAUCGCCGGUCUAACUUCCACACUCGCAGCUGCAGGCACUACCACCGGGCCGGUUCUCGAAGGUCUAUUGUUUGAAGCGGGAGGGUACUAG